UUUUGUCUUAUCGCGAUAUUGUACGAGAGUGGGAUCUGGUGAGGGGCUAAGAUGUUAACAGCAGUUUAGCUCUUUCCCCCCUCUUCAUAUUAAACUGGCUGGAGAUAAAGAACCUUCUGUUUCUUAGGUUGGAUCUGAAGAUGUAGUCAUCUCUGCAGUCUCCUCUCCUCUCCGGGCUUCCUUCGGGUCAGUCUUCGGCUGCAGACUCCUCCGCCAUGCUGUUCUCCCUGAGGGAGCUGGUCCAGUGGCUGGGCUUUGCAACCUUUGAGUUGUUCCUCCACCUGCUGGCUCUGCUGGUCUUCAGCAUGCUGGUCGCCCUGCAGGCUGACCUGCCCUCCCCCAAACUCAGUUGGUGGCUGGUUUUCGUCCCGCUGUUUGCUGCAGACGGCCUGAGCACCUACUUCACCACCAUUGUGUCCAUAAGACUCUACGAGAAGGAGAAGCGCCUGGCGGUGCUGCGGCUCCUCUGGGUGCUGACGGUGCUCUGCCUCAAGCUGGUGUGUGAGGUUCUGCUGUGCCAGAAGUUGGCCGAACAAGACCAAGCCAGAGAUCUCUGGUUUGGUCUCAUUGUUUCCCCCCUCUUCAUCCUGCUGCAGCUGCUGAUGAUACGGGCCUGCCGGGUCAACUGAGGGGGGCAGGUCUGAUACCCAUCUGCCAUUAGAGAUUGAAAGCAUUAACGCAACACAUUUUUCUCCCCAUGGCUCAUUUCCUCUUGUUUUCAAACCGCUACGGUGUAGCUUGAGGGACAAUUUUAUGUGCCUGCUUGAGUUACGUUGGUUUUUUUUGUUCUGAAACAAUUAUUGGAAGUCAUUUCAAUCAGUUGCUUUCCCAUGUAACUUCAUUUUUGGAACUUUGUGAGAAUUAAACGGAAAAUGUCAGAUGCGCAAUCAACAGAAAAUUAUGAGCCUUACGGGAAAUAUCAGCUAUACUUUCAUGUAUCUGUUCACCUGCUGAUUUGUUUAAAGACAAUACAUUGCAACAAUCUAAAACUGUAAUGGUCUUUGCAGUUUGAGAAACUUCAGUUGGUUACUGGUUUUGUUUGCCCAGAAAAAAAAAGAAAAAAACACAUUUUGCUCAAUUUUUUUCAUCUUUUCUCUGUCUGUGGUGUUGUUCAUUCAACCUUUAUACUCCCCUCGCUGGCUCCUGUUUGUGAGAAUGACCCUCACAGAAACCUGUUUGUGCUUGAACCCCCUCAUUGCAACAAGCAGUAGAUUGUUUUCACGCCUCACCCUGAGAGCUGUUUAUUUUCAGAAGCUAUGUUUGGUUUAUACUUUACUGUGUGUUAUAUGUAUCUGCAUGUAUUUAAGACUUUAUUUUUAUUUAUUGUAUUGAUGUCAAAGUAUGUUAUGUGAGAAGUUUUAAAUGAAGUUGGCACAUGCAGUUUUUUGUUUUUGUUUUAUUUCUUGGACUUUGCAAAUUUGUGAAUAAAAACGAAACUAAUAUUGUCUAAUGAAUAAUUUAAAUCUGUGUGUGUAAAGAGUGACCACAAGGGGUCGCUGUUUGUCAUGUAAAAGUCUAGUAUGCUGGUCAAUCAGUUAUUAAAAUCUCACGAUUUCCAAA